UACACGGACGACUUCACGGACCGCUUGGGUGUCCUGGAGGCGGACUCGGCCAUCCGGACUGCAGGCGUCAAGUGCCUGCUCACCUACAAGCCCGACGUCUACACCUACCUGGGCAUCUACCGGGCCAACCGCUGGCACCUCUGCCCAACUCUCUACGAGAGCCGUUUCCAGCUGGGGGGCGAUGCCCGCGGUUCUCGGGUGCUGGAUCGUGCCAACAAUGUGGAACUGACCUAGUGGGGCCAGAUUUCGCCCCCUGCCCUUCUGCGGGAGGGCUGCCCCUACCUUCCUUGUCAACCCCCCACCCCCAGGCCAGACCCCAACCCUGAGGGACCGGGUUAGGUCACUCAGGAACUGCCAGCAUCAUUCGCCCCCCUUGCAUCUCUGUCCAGGAGUGACUUGAACCCCUGCAGGUAGGGGGCCCUGGCUCGCUGAGGGCCGGGCCCUCAGCCUUUGUCUUCGCUGCUGCUCCCGUCCCCCUCACAGGACCACUGGCUGGGGCUGGAAGCCAGGGAAAGCCAUCUCGGCCACCCCUGUCGCCUCACCAGGCUGCACUGUCCCUCCUGCAUUGUCUUCGUCUUCCCUCCCCCCACCCUCUGGAGGGAGAAAAUGCCAGUGCUUCUAGCCCCUCCCUUGGAGCCCUCUGGGGCCAGGGCCGGGGCCCUGCAGGCCUGAGCACGCCACUGGGGGUGGGUGAGUCCUUGUGCCCACUCAGUCCCUGGCAGAGAGAGGGGACACUGGGACCACAGACCCCAGGCCUGCCCCUCCCCGCAACUCACAGCCUGCACCACCCCAGUCCCCUCCUCAGCGAUCUUGUCACUUGCCUGCCCCUGACAUUCCAAUAAAGCCCGCUUGGGUCUG